AUGGCAGACAAUUGCGACAGCCAAAAUAAAAAUUCAUGUUUUCUUUGGUAUCUUCUUUGGUUAUGUGAUACCAAGAUAUUUCAUAAAAUCGAUUACCAAUUCCAGAUUAAGGGUCAUACAAAAAACUCUGUUGAUUGUAAAUUUGGUCGUACUAAGCUAGAGUAUGCAAAACAGAAGCUUGGUCCUGGUUUAAUGAGAGCUAAAAUAAGAGUAAAAGAUUCUUGGGAUGAGUUUCAGUUGUUAAAAAAAGAUGCCAAUCCAGUAAAUCUAAGUCCUCAAAAACUUCCACCAAAAGGUCUUUCAGAAGAAAAACAAGUAGAUUUUUGA